CACUCCUGCCCAAAAUGACACCAGACCACGGUAGAAUCAUUUUUAUGAAGUGUCAUGGGGACAGAUUUGAUCAAAUACAAAAUCAUUUAAAAUACUUUCUACUGGCAUGUGAGUACAUACAAGCCUAUGACUACAGUACCGGCCUUGGUUUCGUGGUGGACUUUAGAGAAAUGAAUAUCGUUGAAUUUGUGAGAGCAUUAAAUGUAAUGGACUUCAAAAAAGUAAUGGAUAUAGCUACGGAUGGAUACAGCAUACGAAUAAAAGGAGUACACCUUAUAUCAGAAUCCAAAGCGGUAGAAUUAUUCGCUUCAAUACUGAGGCAAGUUUUGAAAGCCAAAAUUGGUCAACGCAUUACUUGUCACAAAGACUUGGAGUCGUUGUACGAGAUUGUACCCAGAGAUAUUCUACCGAAGGAAUAUGGUGGUGAUGAUAAAACUGUAGUUGAACUUCGCGACGACCUAUUGAACGAAUUACGCUCAGAAAAAUUCACAUCGCACUGCAAGGAGAUGAACAAAGCGCGUACCAAUGAAAAUUACCGCUUGAUAGCGGAUUUUAACGAGGAAUAUUUGGGCAUGGCUGGUACAUUCAGAACUUUGACCGUGGACUAAAAUAAACUUAUUUUUUUAACAAA